AUGGAGCAAACCCAUCUUGUGGUGGCUUCAAUACUCAAUGGAACUUUGCUUCUUAUUGCAUUCGCUCUUAUCCAAGGUAAGCCUAUCACAGAAGCACAAGCAACUGCAAGAAUCGGUGUUAAUUAUGGAACAGUCGCAAACAACCUUCCUCCACCUUCCGAGGUAGCGAAAUUUCUCUCCAAAUCCACCACAAUCAACAGGGUCAGAAUCUUCGACGCCAACCCUGAAAUUCUACACGCUUUUGCCAACACCGGCAUACAGGUAACCAUAACUGUCCCCAACGACCAAAUCCCCCAAAUAACUAACUUAACCUUCGCACAACAAUGGGUCAAAACCAACGUCCAACCGUUCCUCCCCGCCACCAAACUAAUCCGAAUCCUCGUCGGCAACGAAGUCCUCUCCACCGCCAACAAACUCCUCAUCAGCAACCUCGUACCCGCCAUGCAAACCCUUCACGUGGCCCUCGUCACAGCGUCGUUGGACAACAACGUUAAAGUCUCAACUCCACACUCUUUGGGUAUUUUGUCAAACUCAAGCCCUCCCUCAUCAGCCAAGUUCAGACAAGGCUACGACAUGCACAUUAUCAAACCCAUGCUUAGUUUUCUCAAAGAUUCCGAUGCACCCUUCAUGGUUAACCCUUACCCUUUUUUCGGAUCCUCUGCCACCAACCUUGAUUACGCACUCUUUCGGACCAAUUCGGGUGUAUUUGACGACAACACCAAUCUCCGAUACACCAACAUGUUGGACGCGCAACUCGAUGCUGUUUAUUCCGCGCUGAAGGUUUUGGGCUUUGAGGACGUUGAGAUUGUCAUUGCCGAAACGGGCUGGCCCUCACAAGGUGAUCCGGCCCAAAUUGGUGUUGACCGGAAGAUUGCUUCUGAGUACAAUGGAAAUCUCAUGAGACACGUCAAUUCUGGGAUUGGAACACCACUCAUGCCUAACAGGACUUUCGAUACAUAUAUUUUUGCUUUGUUUGAUGAAAAUUUAAAGCCCGGCCCAACCUGUGAGAGGAAUUUUGGGCUCUUCUGGCCCAAUAUGACUCUCGUUUAUGACGUUCCAAUAAUGAGGAACGAUGCAGCUGUAGUUGGUGAUAGACAUUAUUAUAAAGCUUUUUUCUCAUUCAUGAUCGUGUUCAACUUCAUUUGUACAUUAUGGGUUUAAAUUUGCUUUUGUAAAACCUGUGAUAUUCGGAAAUGUUGCUGAGACGACACCCAACCCUCAAGCUUUCGGAUUUCAAAACUGUAGCAAUUGAAGUGGUGAUCUUUCUGCGGUGAUUUCUCAACUUUCGUUUGCUUGUUGUUGAUGAGAUUAUGUUGUCCCUUUGGAAUGAUUGCUUGAAUUCUUUGGACACAAAGUCAAAACCAAAACUCUUCAUUAUGGGAAGACAAAUUGGAUUCACCAGUCUAAACCAGCAAACAAGAAGCUUUGUUCUCAGCAGAGGCAUGUUGAACCUAUCUUUAGAAAAUUAUGCAUUGAGCAAGAUUUAAGAGUAGAGAGGUUUUAAACAAAGUUUUACUGGACUUGUCAAAGUCAUAACUAGAUUCUCUACUUUUUUUUCUUGGAGAAGGAAGAAUAUAUUAUGUUACAUAGAUAUCAAUGAGGUAUUCAUUACUGAUUAACACUGUAAAAUCUUGUUCAACAUAUACUAUUUCCUAGUGUUGAAGUGUCUGUUUAGUUAUCAUUGGAUUUUGUAUUUUCUUAGUUAGUUUUCCUUCCCUCUUUUUGUUAGCCCUUUCAUAGCAUCAAUGUGCUAUUGAGUAUAUAAUGCAUUUCUUGGUGAAAUUUGAUGAUUCUUUUAUAUAAAUUCAAAA